UCUUAAAACGGGUCUGAAAUGUUCCCUCACACGUCCCAUCCCCUUCCCUCUUUUUCUCUUCCUCUCGAGAGAAUGGAAUCAGUUUAGUCGGCGAUGAUUUCACUCCUACGAUGAGUUCCUCGGCGUGUAAUUUGCAAAUUCGAAGAGCUUACUAGCAUCUCCUACCUUAUUCUCCUUCUCCGGCUUCGCUCCGAGGCGUUUUCCGGCCACCGGGAAGUUCAUUCGCUGUUCCAUAGAGGAAGUACCAGAGAGCUCCUUCUCUCUCUUUCUCUCUCUUUCUCUCUCUCUCUCUCUGUAUAUUCAGCUAUUUGCUAUUUGUUUUGGUUGUCUAUCUCAAAUUCGGUUUUCUCCGUCUCUACUUGCUCUUUCGUUAUAUUUCUGUAGCUCUCUUUGUAUUUUCGUCUUAAAUUGCGAAUUCCAAGCUCCGAUCAUACGGUUGCUUGUGUUUUUGGAGAUCACUGAUUCGAUCGGUCUAGACCGUUGGAUUUGGAGCUUUGAGUGAUCGAUGCUAAGCAUUUCACUACUCUAGCAGUUGUUUUCGAAGCUGAGUAGCGGAGGAUUGAGCUUCAAUAAAGAAAGAGAGUGAAAUUUUAUGUUGAUUACAAGAGAGAGAUGCUGGAUCUCGACCUCAAUGUGGACUCGGCUGAGUCGAACCAGAACGGCGACUCAUUCUCGGAGAAGUUGCCGCAAGGGUCGGGUAACCAAAUGGACGAAUCAGGGACGUCAAACUCGUCGAUCGUCAAUGCGGACGCUUCUAGCAACGGAGGAGGAGAGGAAGACUCGUGUUCUACACGCGCCUUCAUGCUCAACUUCGAUAUACUGAAGGUUGGCGGAGGUGGUCGUGGAAGCGAAAAUGAUGCCGUGGUUACGAAGGAGUUCUUUCCUGUAAGUGGAAGUAGUGAGGGGCAUGGUAAGGAUUUUGGGAACUCGGAGGGGCAGAGCUCGAAGAGCUGGAUUGAUCUUUCGUUCGAGAGGGGAAAGCAAGAAGGUGGGACUGUUGGUGGCGGCGGUGAUGAAUUGCGGGUGGUGCAGCAAGCUUCACAGCCGGCGAAGAAGAGUAGAAGAGGACCCCGGUCAAGGAGCUCGCAGUAUAGAGGGGUGACCUUCUAUAGGAGGACCGGGCGAUGGGAAUCGCAUAUCUGGGAUUGUGGGAAACAAGUUUAUUUGGGUGGAUUUGAUACUGCUCAUGCUGCAGCUAGGGCCUAUGAUCGAGCUGCUAUUAAGUUCAGGGGUGUUGAUGCUGACAUCAAUUUCAUUCUCAGUGACUAUGAGGAUGACCUUAAACAGAUGAAAAAUCUGACCAAAGAAGAGUUUGUACACAUACUCCGCCGUCAGAGCACUGGUUUUUCUAGGGGGAGCUCCAAAUAUAGAGGAGUGACGCUGCAUAAGUGUGGCAGAUGGGAAGCACGGAUGGGGCAAUUCCUUGGCAAAAAGUAUAUUUAUCUUGGGCUAUUCGACAGUGAAGUAGAAGCUGCAAGGUCCUAAUGAUCAUGAAUUACACUCUACCUGAUACUGAAUUUAUUACCCUGAAUUCUCAACCUCAAUAGGGUUCCAACCAACAAAUCUCUACCUUUUGAUU